AUAUUAUAAACUGAAUCAAAUCAUCCGUUGCAAAAUUUUGGCCCAUCUUUUCAGCUCACUUCCGCAAAAUUUUGGCCCAAAACUCCUAACCCUAGCUAAGUGAUCACACCAGACACACACGCAUCUUCUCUGCUCCUGUUGCGCCUCCACGAGCCACCUCCGCAUCUCGCCGCCUGCCCGCCUGCCCCUGCUGCUCGCCCAUCCACCACCGGACGACCGGCCCUCGCCGCCCGCCGGCCCUCGAACCUCGACACCCACCGCGUGCCCCCGGAUGUUCGCAACCACCGACCGCGCGGCCGCUCACCGGACAUCGCCGCCUUCUGCGAACCUUCCCACGAUGAGCUCCCCGGCCGCCGCGGCGGAGGCGCCGCGAACGGUGGCCUCAGCGGUGCUGCGCAUCCAGAUAGCGCUGCUGGACGGCGCCGCGGCGUCAAACGAGGCGCUCCUCCACGCGGUCGCCUCCGCGCUUCUCUCCCGCGCCGACUACGACGACGUCAUCACCGAGCGCACCAUCGCCGACGCCUGCGGCAACCCCGCGUGCCCCGACCCUCUCCCCUCCUCCGGCGCCGCCGCCGCCGCCACGGGGCCACGCUUCCACAUCGCCCUCAGCGAGCACCACGUCUACGACCUCGAGGAGGCGCGCAAGUUCUGCUCCGACCGCUGCCUCGUCGCCUCCAAGGCACUAGCCGCCUCGCUCCCGCAUGACCGGCCCUAUGGGGUCCCGCUCGACCGGCUCGCUGCGGUUGUCGCGCUCGUCGAGGGCGCCUCCACCGCUGCCGGGGAUGGGAGCGGGUUAGGGUUUCAGGGCGUGGAUGGGAAUGGGAAGAUGAAGGACGAGGGAAGGAAGGUGGAGAUCAAGGAGAAGGAGGUCACCGGGGCUGGGGAGGUUUCGCUGCAGGACUGGAUUGGGCCCUCCGAUGCCAUUGAGGGUUAUGUGCCACGCCGUGAGCGCAGUGCCCAUGGGAAUCGGCGUCUAGGCAUUCCGGUUGUGUGUCUACCGCCGCCACCCCGCCACACAGGUGCCUAGGCUGUAUGACCUCCACUCCGAAGGUAAACUAGCCACCUGAGCUCCUGAGUUGGUCAUGUUUUUUGGUUCGAUGUGCAGUGGAUGUGCAAGAUCUAUUUUCGUCCUCUUUUGUUGGGGAAAAUUGUUUUCAGCCUCAAACUUGCUAGCACAGGAUCUAUUUUCUAAGGUCACGUAUGGCUCGAAUACAUGUGAAUCUCAUGUACAAAUAUAUGCUAUUAUAUUGCUACUGUAAUCAGCGCACAGAUGUGUUGUUGUAUAAUUGUUCUCUCAUUUUGUUUCAGGGAAAGAAAAAUAAAUUGUCAAGAUCUGGUAAAUAUCUACAAUGCAAUAUUAACCAUAGAAUGGUGCUCAAAUCCUAAAUGUAUGUGCGAAGGUUUCAUUGUAUGUUUUGGUUAGCACUUUAACAAUGCUAAUACACAGCAGUUGCUCUCUCCCUGGCGGAAUAUUCAAAAAAGCCUCUGACUGCAUUUGGUGCAGAAACAUUGAAGCACAGUAACAGGAGCUUGAUGCUUGACUUGUAUCAAUUUCACUUGUGUCAUAUAUGUUUUACACACUCAUAUCCCCCCAUCAAAUGUGUUUAUUAUUGAUCAUUAUUCCAGAGUGUAAUGAAUAGUAUUUUCAUGAAAUGUAAUGAACUCGAAGUAACUUGGUUUGAAUCCACUUUAUUUUAAAUUUGCUUCAUUGGUUUGGAUGUAUCUUUAGUCUAGUUUAACCCUCUUAGACUUGUUUGCAGCUCAUAGAAUUAGCCCUCAGCCCCCUUCCAAUCCCCAUCUGCUUAUGGAUCCCCAUCUAGCAUUAUUCUGAUUUCUAGUCUUGUUUCUAGAGAAGGACCCAGACCAUGCUGCUAUCGUAAUAUGUUGGUGCACACAGACUUGAAAGAAAAAAUAUACACCUUUCACUUCAUUGGUUGCUCAAAAUUUCAUAUCUGCGGAAGCUCGUAGGAACAUUUGUAAACUGAAAGUACUAUAUUAGAGACUAGAAGAAUUUAUUCUAAACUAUGGUAUAUUUAUUUCUCUUUCAGUCUAAGGGUGGUUUGCAUUGCUGUGAAUAUCUGUUAUUUCAAGUCAAAAACCUACUGUUUAGACCCUGAACCAAUUCUGUGCAUUGCUGUUUUUUAAAAAAAAUAUAAUUCAUGACUACUUUUGUAGGUGUGAGCUGCUUUGAAGGUUAAGGCAUCAGUCAUCAUUUGCUUCACCUAUUCUGAAGGGGGCUGCAAUGUGCGUCUACGGGAAUCGAGAGAGAAGCAGAUCCAGUUUCUGUGCCAUAGCUACAAACUCAGAAAAGGUGUUGUUUAGAUAUUUUUUACAAGAAAUUCAGAGGUCCUGUGAACCUGCAGUUACCUGUUCGUCCUAUGAAGUAGCAUCUUUCUUUACCUAUGAACUUGUAGGUUCUAUGAUAACGUUCGCUAACGGUGAAGUUAUUUUAGAUGUUGUAAUCCGACAUGAAGCAUUAGCGUCACGCCCUUAUGCUGAAAUCAAGACUAUAGGGGAUGCUUUAAAGAUGCCGCUUGCUUGGCCAUUUAAUCGGCCGAAGGCCUGCUAUCAGCAACCAAGAUCAUAGGGAGUUGUUGGUUUUUCUCAAAGAUCUUCUCAAGGUGCUGCAGGAUCAUCUUAGAUACGCUAAGUGGUGCUAGCUUGUUGGCAGGAAGGGUGCUAGGAGUAAACUUGAAUGCUUUUAGACUACAUGCUAUCUUAUGGUGAACUAGAUGCUAUCUUUAAAUAUUUUUAGACUACAACCUGGUAGUUUUAGUUUUUGGACUUGAACAUGAUGGUCAUAAUGUUAGAUCACUUUUAGACAAUGUUUUCCUAAACGCUAAACGCUAAACAGUCGGACACCUGUCGUUUACCCAUUAUUCGGGCUAAACAGUCCAUUAAACGGGCUAAACGGUCAAUUAAAUGGACUAAACAGAUAAUUAAACGGAAACGGUGUACCAUUGUGUAGCGUUUACACGGCGUUUAAACGGUCUGAACGGCCGUUUAGGCGAACAGUGCUUUUAGAUGAUGACUUAGCUAGAUUAUGCAUUUAGCUACUAUAUAUAUGCAUGCUUGUAUGUUGGCUUUAUGUCAAGAAGCUUAAGCUAGUGACAUGAUUAUAUAUGUACUCAUUGAUAUGGAUGAAUGAGAGUAUGAUUUA